UUUUCUACAGAUGCGGAGAAACAAAAUCUUAUUGACGCUGAUUCGGAGCCUCUCAGAUGGAUGAAUUCUCCAGAAACACAUUCAGACUCUUGUGUCAGUCACGAUGCGUCCAGUGUUGACAUCUUGUGCCAGUUUGAUCCAGUUUGUGUUGACACUGAUUCAAAGACGGAGAAUGAAUGUGACACCAGACGUUCAGCCAGAAGAAAACUGUCCAUGGCCUGUACCAUCAGCUUGGUCUUCAUGAUGGCAGAGGUCUUUGGAGGCUACGCUGCUCACAGUCUGGCCAUCAUGACUGAUGCAGCUCAUCUCCUGACCGACUUUGGCAGCAUCGUCAUCAGCAUCUUCUCCUUAUGGCUCUCCUCAAGGCCAUGCACCAAAAACAUGACCUUUGGGUGGCAUCGAGCAGAGGUUCUGGCCAUGUUGGUGUCGGUGUUGUCCAUGUGGGCGGUGACGGCGGUGCUGGUCUUCUCUGCUGCCCAGAGGAUGGCUGACGGCGACUAUGACAUCAACAGCCACAUAAUGCUCAUCACCUCUGGCUGUGCUGUGGGAGUCAACAUCCUGAUGGUCCUGAUCCUCCAUCAGUCCGGUACAUCCCACAACCACAGUCAUGGGUUUAGCAGCCAUGGACCACAGGGCCACCACCGUCACGGACGCAGCCACGGUAACGCCAGUGUCCGGGCGGCAUUCAUCCAUGUGGUGGGUGACCUGCUGCAGAGCCUCGGUGUCCUGUUGGCUGCAACCAUCAUCCACCUCUGGCCUGAAUUUAAAGCAGCUGAUCCAAUUUGCACAUUCCUAUUCUCCUUUCUCGUUCUUUGGACCACAUUUCCAGUCACAAAGGAUGUUUUCAGAAUACUCAUGGAAGGAAGUCCUCGAGAUGUUAAUGUGGACGGUGUGAAGGAUGCUCUUCUGUCUGUCAGAGGAGUUCGUCAUGUUCACAGUCUGCACAUGUGGAGCCUCAACAUGACUCAGGCUUUACUGUCGGUCCACGUGUCCUCAGAUGAAGACGUGGACUCUGAGCUCAUCCUCACAAAUGCCACCAAGCUGCUGCGCUCAGAGUUCGGCUUCUCCGUGAUCACCAUCCAGGUGGAGCGCUUCAGGACUCCAGAGGGUAAAGAAUACAAGUCAAAGGCCGAACGACGACUGGAACAACACACCGGACUGAUGUAGUCAAACACACACGGUGUCACUGAACAUCAUGUGCUCAAUGUGCUGGUUCUUUUACAAAACCUAAGAUUCCUUUUUGCUUAUUAUCGAGUACAUACACAUGAACAUUCUCUAAUUCUCUGAGUCAAAUUCAGAUAUUUAUUACAACACCAAAGGUCAAGUUUUCUUUUGAAAACAGCAGGGAAUAGAAUUCACCAGUAUUUACACUGAGCAAAAAUAGAAAUGCACACUCAGUUUUUGUUUCAAAUUAUUUUUUUGUAUCAUUUAGGAAAUAUUUUAACCAAACGAUUAUUUUUAUUAUUAUCUUGCCCAAAUAUUCAAGCAGCAGAAACAUGACUAACAGUUUGUACAGAUUUCAUGAGUCCUGACAUCCUGAACUGACCUGGGGUCAGUGGACAGAGCUCAGAGUCAUCCCACUGUUGGCGUCUCGUACAGCGGUUCAUCUCUGGUACAUAGAGUUCACCAGUUUGUCGAUAGUGGCCUGUGGAAUGACAUCACAUUCAUCCUGCAGCGAAACUUGGAGCUGGUGCAUGUUUUCUGGAACCAGAACACUUUGGCUGACCCACUGAUCCAGAACUGUGGCGUUGGGAUUGUGACUGAAGUGCACAUUUAGGGGUGGUCUUUGACCUACCACAUGUAUACGUCUGUCUGAUGUGACCAAUUCAAUGUUAUCCUCAUUGCAGCUCAGUGGAAUAACUCAGUGGGUGGGUAAUCUGCAGAGGUGUCAAGUAACAAAGUACAAAUACUUCAUUACCUUACUUAAG